UAGGAGUCCUGGCUGAGAGGAGCGCUGGGAAGGGCCCUGUGCUCCCGAAUUCACGCCUGACCACUUUCUCAGGGGCUUCCAUUCAUUUGGGGCCAAAAGGGAACUGCUGCCCACGCCCCCAGACCGCUGUAGCCUUGCGGAUGAAGGGCUUGGGGGGAGCCGCGCGGAAGCGGGGGGCCCGACAGGCUGAAGGCGGCCCUGGGGUGGAGGGGAGAGGGAAGACAGUUGCAUGUUUCAGUGUCCGGCGGCGUCUCGUGCCGGGGCGAGGGUCUGGAGACCCGGGGUGAAGUUCUGGGACCAUCCUGGGUGACAAUCUGGGAGCACGGAAUCGGAUCCUGAAGGGAGCACAGCGGAGAUUUGGAGCCCCAGGUUUAAGAGGGGCGCUAGGUGCCCAGGAUACUCGGGGAGGCGCCAAUCCAGGGUGCUUCACGGAUUAAGGCACUACCGGAGUCAGCCGAGCCGCCGGGCUCCGCCGGCCCAACCCCAGGAUGCUCCCCUUCGCCUCCUGCCUCCCCGGGUCUCUACUGCUCUGGACGCUGCUGCUGUUGCUCUUGGGGGCAGCAUAUCCCCAGGAUUCUGAGGAGCCGGACAGCUACACGGAAUGCACAGAUGGCUAUGAGUGGGACCCAGAAAGCCAGCACUGCCGGGAUGUCAACGAGUGCCUCACCAUCCCUGAGGCCUGCAAGGGAGAAAUGAAAUGCAUCAACCACUAUGGCGGCUACCUGUGUCUGCCACGCUCAGCGGCCGUCAUCAACGACCUGCAUGGCGAGGGACCCCCGCCACCAGUACCUCCCGCUCAACACCCCAACACCUGCCCACCAGGCUAUGAGCUUGACCAACAGGAGAGCUGUGUGGAUGUGGACGAGUGUGCCCAGGCCUUGCAUGACUGUCGCCCCAGCCAGGACUGCCAUAACCUGCCUGGCUCCUACCAGUGCACCUGCCCUGAUGGCUACCGCAAGAUUGGGCCUGAGUGUGUGGACAUAGACGAGUGCCGCUACCGCUACUGCCAGCACCGAUGUGUAAACCUACCCGGCUCCUUUCGCUGUCAGUGCGAGCCAGGCUUCCAGCUGGGGCCCAACAACCGGUCCUGUGUGGAUGUGAAUGAGUGUGACAUGGGGGCCCCAUGUGAGCAGCGCUGCUUCAAUUCCUAUGGGACCUUCCUGUGUCGCUGUAACCAGGGCUAUGAGCUGCACCGGGAUGGCUUCUCCUGCAGCGAUAUCGAUGAGUGCAGCUACUCCAGUUAUCUCUGCCAGUAUCGCUGUGUCAACGAGCCAGGCCGCUUCUCGUGCCAGUGCCCUCAGGGCUAUCAGCUGCUGGCCACACGUCUCUGCCAAGACAUUGAUGAAUGUGAGUCGGGUGCACACCAGUGCUCUGAGGCCCAAACUUGUGUCAACUUCCACGGAGGCUACCGCUGCAUGGAUACCAACCGCUGUGUGGAGCCCUACGUUCAGGUGUCUGACAACCGCUGCCUCUGCCCAGCCUCCAAUCCUCUGUGCCGGGAGCAGCCCUCAUCCAUUGUGCACCGCUAUAUGAGCAUCACCUCCGAACGGAGUGUGCCCGCAGAUGUGUUCCAGAUCCAAGCCACCUCUGUCUACCCUGGCGCCUACAAUGCCUUUCAGAUACGUGCCGGAAAUUCACAGGGGGACUUCUACAUUAGGCAAAUCAACAAUGUCAGCGCCAUGCUGGUCCUUGCCCGGCCAGUGACGGGCCCCCGGGAGUAUGUGUUGGACCUGGAGAUGGUCACCUUGAACUCCCUCAUGAGCUACCGGGCCAGCUCUGUACUGAGACUCACCAUCUUCGUGGGGGCCUACGCUUUCUGAGGGGGGAACCCCUCCUCACAGUCCCUGUAGCGAAGAAGCCUGGAGGCCAGGGAUGAGUGUAUUCCGAUAAAAGGGAAGAUGUUGUGAAGGGCAGAAAGAGAAAGGCAAUAAAGGGAGAAAGAAGGAGUCCUGGUGGCUGAGGUGGAUGGGUCCUCAGCUUGGGCAAGGGCUGGGCUUGUGGGAAGCAGGCUAAGUCCUGCUGAACAGGUGGGUGGGGGAGGUGUUCAGGACUAGAGGGCCCUUCUGAAGGGAGCUGGGAGCUGUGUACCACAGACUUUAGACAGGAAGUGACGAGGUGUGCAGAGUUUUGGGUGUGACUAGUUGGCAGAGGGCCCGAGUAACCCGGCUAGGGAUGGUGCCAGGAGCCGCAGGCUUCCAGUCCUAACUCUGCCUCAAACUAGACACUUGGAGAAGCCCUAGUUAGCUGUGAGCCUGAUUUCCAAUACAGAAUGAGACAAGUGGACUGUGAGUGUUUCUCCAGGUUUUCCUUUCCGUAUAAAACCUCUUAAGAAUAAAAAUCAUAUUUGAUCAGGGACCAUCUGAUUAUAUGAAUAAAGUACAUUCAAAGCUA